UUUAAAAUGUUGUUUUUGACAGCAUUCAAAAAUCCCGGUAUCUUCUACUACAUCUUUAUUCCGGUGAAGUACUACGGAAUAAAAGGAAGGGUUGGAUUCGAAAUUGAUGAAUAAGUUCUUUCUUGUUCAAAACGUCGUCUCAAAUUCGGAACAUUUUAACCAUGGGCAGGGAAAAAAUUCUUUUCUUAUUUGAUAUUGAUGGAACUCUUACUAGAUCUAGACAGGAUGUAACUGCCAAGAUGAAGACAUUUUUAACUGAGUUAUGUCAAAGAGUUCCUGUUGGUCUUGUUGGUGGCUCAGAUUUGGCUAAAAUUGGUGAACAAAUGGGAGACGGUCUUGACGUUGUCAAAUCAUAUGAAUAUGUGUUUGCUGAGAAUGGGUUAGUUGCAUACAAGAAAGGAACAUGCAUAGGAAAACAGAGCAUUCUUGACUUUAUGGGUGAAGAAAAGCUGCAGACUUUCAUAAAUUAUUGUUUACAAUACAUGUCAAAAAUAACCCUGCCAGUAAAGAGGGGAAAUUUUGUGGAAUUUAGAUCUGGCAUGAUCAAUAUUUGUCCCGUAGGAAGAAGUUGCAGCCAGAAAGAAAGGGAUGAUUUUUGCAAUUAUGAUAAGGAGCACAAAAUGAGAGAGACAUUUGUGAAUGAUUUACGUAAGAAAUUUCCAGAUUUGGGCUUGACAUUUUCAAUUGGUGGUCAGAUAAGCUUUGAUUGUUUCCCUACUGGAUGGGACAAAACAUUUUGUCUGAAAUACAUACAGAAGGAUGGCUAUACAAAAAUCCAUUUCUUUGGUGACAAAACAUUUCCAGGUGGCAAUGACUAUGAACUCUUCAUUCAUAAGGAUGUCAUCGGUCACUCUGUGACUUCUCCGGAUGAUACUAUUGAACAAGUUAAAUCACUUCUAGCAGAAAUGGAGAAAUAACUUACUGAGAGGUUGAUAUACUCACCACAUUUCUUAAAGAUUCGAAUUUAUGAAGACCAUCUUGCAAGAAUGAAAGAAUAUGUACUAGAGCAAUUCAGCAAGUUGUGAUCAAAUCUUGAUAGUUAUGCUACUUAUGCAAUUUUUCUUUCUUUUUUUUGGGGGGGGGGGGAGACUAUGUAAUGUUUAUAUAUUAGUUGACAACAUUUAAAAAAGCAAUUAUGUAAAUAAAAUCUGGAAAUUUAUUUCAUAAGACCAAAUAUCUUAUUUUUUCUUUUUAACACGAUAAUCAUUCCCUUAAAAAGGCAGGAAGCUUAUUUUGUAUACCUUCAUAAUUUUGCACAGACUUCUUUUUUAAUUUUGAUCACCUAUAAAAAUUACCAUGAGUACAGGAUAAAAGUAAUGAGCAAAAUUAAACUUAUCCCCAAAAUAGAGCCCAACAUGAAUGUAUUUACUGUUGACCCUUGGCAAAAAAUAUCAAUUUAACAACGUAAAAUUGAGGAAAAGGCGAGUUUUUGCAGCUUUGCUAGGAUUUGAAAUUAAGUGGUCGG